GAGCGCGAAAAGUAAAUACACAGAUUACUAACAGUCACCAUAUUAAUAAAAAAGUGUUGAAUAGCUUAAGAAAAUAUUUCCCUCGUAUUUCAGAAGUGUGCAAAUAAAAAAACACAUGAAUUAAAAAUUAAAACUUAAAAUGUCCUUCUCAUUUGGAUCUACUGCGUCUCAAGCUACUCCGUUUGGUUCAAGUUCAAAACCAUCAUUUUCAUUUGGGAGCACUAACACUGCUACAACAAGUCAAGCAGGAUUUAGUGGAUUUGGAACUAGCACCACUUCAUCAGGUUUUGGUAGCUUUGGCUCAACUUCAACUGCCGCAGCAACACCCUUUGGUGGCCUAGGAAGCACUCCAGCAUCUACAGCGCCAUCCCUAUUUGGAGGUACCACUUUUGGAAAUACAGCUGCUAAACCAAAUACAGGAUUUGGUACAGGAACUUUUGGAGCAAAUACUGGAUUUGGCACUGGUACAUCAAAUUUUGGUAGUACAGCACCAUCAUUUGGAACCAACACAUUUGGCACAGGUUCUACCUUUGGAUCAACAUUUGGUAAACCAACUACAACAGGAUUUUCUGGUUUUGCCACUGGACUCGGAACCACUUCAGCUUUUGGGCAACAGCAGCAACCACAGCAACAGCAACAGCAGCCCCAAGGACCAACAAAUGCCCAUGAAGCACUUGUAGCUGCUGUGUUCAGUUGCAAUGUGUUUGGAGAUGAACGGGACCAAGUUUUAGCUAAAUGGAAUUUAUUGCAAGCUCAAUGGGGCACUGGUCAAGCUUACUAUAAUAGAAGUGCACCACCGCUCGAGUUAAAUGAGCAAAAUCCAUUAUGCCGGUUCAAGGCUGUGGGUUAUUCAAGGCUUGGUGGUAAAGAAGACAAAGAUGGACAUGUUGCUAUGAUGUUUAACAAACCAGAACAGGAAAUAAAGAGCAAUCAGCAGGGAUUUAUUACUUCGUUGGCUGGCCUUCUUGGUAAUAAGCCGAAUUUAGCUGCCAAUAUCGAGACUGUCAAAGCCGUGUCCGAUAAAAAAUGUCAGGUGGUGGUAUACGUAGUGGAUAAAGGUGCGGGUGGGUGCCAUAUAAACGCGUCUGAAUUGAGCUCCUUUCUUAACAAUGGAGCGGCUCGGAACACGCUGACUGGCGCGGGAUGCACCAGCAUAACUCCAGUUACAAGACCAACGCCACAGAUGUUAGAUCAGUACUUACAGGCUCCACCGCCAGGUAUGGAUAUGCGCCUUUGGAAACAAGCUCAAGCUGACAACCCUGAUCCAGAAAACUACAUUCCUGUGCCCAUAAUUGGAUUUUCUGAGAUCAAAUUCCGUGCACAAUGCCAAACAUCAGAGUCUGGUCUGCAAGCCAGCUAUCUUCGUAAAGCGUCUGAAACAUUGAGCGAGUUGCGUACGCGUCGCGCCGCUUCCGCAGCGACUCUUGCGCAGCUAACAGCGCGACUUAACUCCUUGAGACACACUUUAUUACAGGUGAUUGCACGUCAAGAAGUCCUGGGACGUGUCGGCGCAGCUUUAAGCCCCGAGGAAGAAGCGUCUCGUGCGAGAUUACAAGAAUUAGCCACACAACUGGCGGCCCCGCCCCUCUAUAAUGGUCGAUUGAAUGAGCUAUUAUGCGCGGUGCGACUUCAGCGCAGCGCCUGCGCGGGCGCACCUUAUGAGAGAUAUCAUUUGGACCCAGGUGCGCAAGAAGACGUAAAGCAAUUCCUGUCUUUCCAACAACGUGGUAUGGCCCAUUUGAUGGAUACAGCUAAAAAAGAUCUUGCAGCCCUCAACACUAUCGCAGAGGGGAUGGCCAAACUUGUCCGAGCCUAGCACUACGCCCCACAAUUAUCAGACAUACACAUAUGCUGGUACACAUAGGACAUCAAUUUAAGUCCACCCAAAUGUACCUGCUCGAAAUGUAGCCGAUUAUGGACGGAUACUAAGGGUAAUAGAUUUAGCGCUCUUGUAUGUUAAAAUUUUAAACGUUCUGGAAGUCUGAUUAGUCAUUGUUGAUCAUUAAAUGAAACCAUUGAGUGUAUUUUAUGUUUAAUUACUUUUUGUCAUAUUAUAAAGCCAGUCAAAACAUCUUCGUCUUGCAAAUAUAAAGAAGGUUGAUAUGGUGGAGUAUGUAUUUGUAACUAGUUUAGGCUCUAAGAGUCUCUAUAAAUAUUUUUGUUAUCAUUCUUGAAACUAAUAUUUUUUAUUAAAUUAAAUUUGUACAAUUGUAAUUCUGUAGUUAUGUUCCAUACAUAAUUAAUUCAGUGAAUUAUAUUUUUGAAUAA